CGACGUCGGAGGGCAGCCUUGUCAAUCAAUGACUUCCAAGGUUCCUGCCCUGCUUUGGACUGCUUUGCUCUGCUUUUUGAUAAAUGCAUAUGUAUCUUAUCUCACAGCAAUGCAUUGCUGCUUGCAUACAUAGAUUCUCCUUUCAAACGGAUUCUCUCGUUAUCUGGACCAGACACGACUGCAACUUCAUCACUUUACAUUGUCCAAUCUCACUCUCUGUCUUCCCUCGUUGCUUCUUGAGAUUGGUUAAGGUAUCCUAGGUACUGUAUUUGAGGUACCUAUCUGGUGCCUAGGAGAUUCACCCACUGGGGACGUGAAUCUCAAAUUAAUAUACGAGACCGUCAUGGACGACCACGACCCCGAUCACGAACUUGGUACCAACCUCGAUCUCGAUCUUCUUCCACCCGUUCCACUAUCCGCCCGCAAGGCCGCCGCCCAAACGCCUCCGCGGCCAUCAUUCCUGUUAGCCCGCAAAAGGACGCAUGCAGACUACUAUGACGAAGACCACCAGAGUCUAACAGUCGCGACGUCGAGCGAUCCAGCCUUUUUCUCGAGUGACGAGCAGGCGCCGGGGGCUGAGAACUAUGUUGUAGCAGCAGCAGACAAAAGAAAGAAACGUACUUACAAAGGUGCCUGGUGGGAUCGAAGCCGUACUGCCAACGAAAACCAAAAAGGAACAGCCAUCAAAAAGCCUCGUGAGUUCAGGAGGAACUAUGAUUCCGGUAUCUUUAUGGGCAGCGAGGGCAGCACCACAGGCGAAGAACCUUUGUCGAGUGAUUCGUUUUCCUUGGAAGAGGAGUUGAUGAGAGAGCAAGAACAACAGCAACAACAAAACGGAGGAAAAGGAAAACAAAAUGCCAGAUUUCAGCGGACACCGUUCUUGGGCCGCAGUGGCACAGGCACCGGUGAUCAGGCUGUCGGUGCCACCAGUGCCGGUUGUCAGAGCACCGGUCAGUCUGUGUCAUCUUCGAGGCCAAAAGCAAAAUUGCCGCCUUACACGACGGCAGUCGUACCCAAAGAGCACGAGGCUGUGUGUGCGAUCAUCAGGGAUUGUCUGGACAAGGGCAAGGAAGACGUGUAUCUGUCAGGCAUGUCUCUAUCCAGUCUCCCCGCCGAAAUCACCACUCUCCAAACGCUCAGCAAACAAGACGAAAUCGUUCCCGGGAUGCUUGACACAGGCACAAACCUCGAGCCGCAUUUACGUCUGUAUCUAGCGAACAAUCUGUUGACCGAGUUGCCAUUGCCGAUUUUCGAGCUGCGCAAUCUUCGAGUCCUUUCUCUCCGCCAGAACAACUUGACCCGUAUCCCGGCGUCGAUACGAGAGCUGGUCAAUUUAGAGUCGUUAAAUGUCGCAGGCAACAAUCUCACCGAACUGCCCUUUGAAAUCGUCGAGUUGAUUCGGUUUGGGAAAUUGCGGGAGCUUAUGACCGAACCGAAUCCUUGGCCACAGUUUAAGCCAGAUUUGUUUGUGGAGCAACAGCAACAACAGCAGGAGCAGCAGCGGCGGCCGCUCUAUGCGUUUUCAGUGCCGGGGCGCUCAGGCACCCGGUACCUCUUCUACCGGUGGCCCGGCUCCCAACAGCGUUUAGCACAGGGGUCUUUCGAUGGGGAGAAUAGCCGUGGGUCUAGUUCUAGUUUCCAACAAGCCACACAUCACCAACAACACCAACGCAAUAAUAUCCCGUCACUGACAGAGACGGUUUUACGCCAUUUGGCCAAGAUCGAUCCGCAGCGCAAAAUGGAUUUUGCUUCUUUGUUACCGUCCGACUACGCGCCGGCCGGAGUUGUUAGUGAUUUGGGAACACUUGCACGUCGGCCAGGACAGCAAUGCACCAUGUGUGGAAGACCCAUUGUGCUGCCCGGGAAAGAGUGGAUUGAAUGGUGUUCGUUGCAUGAAGGGCUUGAAGAGGUUGAUGAUGACGAAGGUGAAGAUGGAAAUGAACAUGAAGGUGAAGAAGACCAUGACGGGAACGGUAACAAUGGAAGAAGUGGAAGUUGGUUUGGGGAUAGAAGCGAUGUCAAGGUUGGCGGGAGAUAUUCGGUGAUCGCUGGGAAGUACCCUAUUCUGCCGUUUCGUCGCGUUCAGUGUUGGCAGGGGUGUCGAGGAACAGGAACUGGAUCGGAAAGUGGUCGGGGCGAUUGGUUGAUGCGGGACGAGGAGGUUGCUAGACGAAGGCUGGAGAGGACAACGCGGAUGGUGUUGGAGCCGUAAUCUUCUUUAAAUGUGGGUUUGCGGCGUGUACUAAUUCCUGAACCUGGUACGGCUGGCAAAAGGUGGAUUGAAUAAGGUAUGGAUACGACCAGGCAGGUUGCCGUGAUAGGUGCCUAGGUACCUACUUUUCACUGCCAAAUGGUACUAUUACAUACCUAGGUAGACAGGGAGGUAGAUACCUACUGAGGUUGUACCUAAGGUCUGUCUGCCUACCAACUUUACUCGACUUGAGUAAGCCAGAACUUGAAGUGGUGGCAAAUGCGCUAGUGUCUGCAGUAUCAAUGGUCAUUCUCAUUCUCAUUCUCG